CUUGCAGUGCACUGACGCAAACCCACACACUUAUAGAAAGCUUUGCACACUUUGCACAAACCAAAUUCACUUCUGCCUGCCCGUGCGCGUGCUGCUCCCCAUCCAGCCGGUCUUUUAUUAUUUAUUUUUUUAUUCUUCUCUCCGCAUUUCGCCUGCAUUGGUGCGCGCAUGGAUUUCUCAGAGCAGAGAGACAUGCAGAAGCAGCUGCACGAGGGUGCGGUCGGAGUUGCCCCUGGUGUCCCAGCGGACGCGGUUCAGUUGCCCCCUGAUGUCACCGAGCGCAAAACGUUCUGCCCCGCGGAAAAGAAAUCCGGAGAAACGGAUAAAGUGUACGGGACGUUUCGGAGCGGGGCCCAGGUUCUUCCUCCGGUUCCUGCCCCUCAUAAGGAUGCCUCCGGGCCAUUUUUACCCCAAACGGAUAAAGCCAUGUCGCAGAAUAACUGCCCCUCCUCCGCGAAACAGGGGGCAUUGGUGGUUCUGGGCACAGAUGGCACUGCGUCUGUUCAGCUCAACCGGGAAGAGCAAAAUGAUGAUGAUGAAGAAGGUGAUGAGAACAAAGCAAGAGGAAACUGGUCAAAUAAAUUGGAUUUUAUUCUCUCUAUGGUGGGCUAUGCUGUGGGAUUGGGAAACGUGUGGAGGUUUCCAUAUCUUGCCUUUCAAAAUGGAGGAGGUGCAUUUUUGAUCCCGUAUCUGAUCAUGUUGGGUCUUGCUGGAAUUCCCAUAUUCCUUUUGGAAGUUUCAUUGGGGCAAUUUGCCAGUCAAGGACCUGUUUCUGUUUGGAAGGCUAUUCCAGCUUUACAAGGUUGCGGGAUUGCCAUGUUGAUUAUAUCAGUGUUGAUAGCCAUAUACUAUAAUAUAAUAAUGUGCUGGACUCUGUACUACCUGUUCGCUUCGUUCACUUCGUUGAAGGGCUUAUUGCCAUGGACUUACUGCACCAACGAAUGGAACACAGCUGGGUGCAAAGACAAAGACAUGCUGCAGCUAGAUUCCUGUAUUCUUCGAGACAGAAACAUCACUUCUAUUAAGAACACUACGUUUUGUAUGUCUGCAAAUGCUGCUGGAAGUUUAAGCAAGCUGUUAAAUAUCACAAUGGAAAACAGAUCCUAUGCUAGCCCCAGUGAAGAAUAUUUCAAAUAUAAUGUGUUGCACAUUUCCAAAGGGAUUGAGUAUCCAGGAGAUAUCCGCUGGCCCCUGGCUGCUUGCCUUUUACUUGCAUGGCUCAUUGUGUAUGCUUCCCUGGCUAAGGGAAUCAAGUCAUCAGGCAAGGUGGUGUAUUUUACAGCCACAUUUCCAUAUGUGGUUUUGGUGAUUUUGCUGAUCCGUGGUGUGACGCUGCCUGGUGCAGGGUCAGGCAUCCUUUACUUCAUAACACCGAAAUGGGAAAAACUCAAUGAUGCCAAAGUUUGGAAGGAUGCUGCCACUCAGAUUUUCUUCUCCCUCUCUGCAGCAUGGGGAGGGUUAAUCACUCUUUCUUCCUACAAUAAAUUUCAUAACAAUUGUUAUAGGGACACUAUAAUAGUGACAUGUACCAACAGCGCUACCAGUAUUUUUGCUGGUUUCGUGAUUUUCUCUGUCAUUGGGUUCAUGGCUCAUGAACUAAAGGUGCCGAUUGAGAGAGUGGCAGAUGAAGGUCCUGGUAUUGCAUUUGUAGUUUAUCCAGAAGCCCUCACCAGACUUCCAAUCUCUCCAUUUUGGGCCAUCAUUUUCUUUCUCAUGCUCCUUACACUUGGACUGGAUACCAUGUUUGCAACCAUCGAGACUAUCGUGACAUCUGUAGCUGAUGAAUUUCCGAAAUACCUGCGGAAACACAAGCCUAUAUUCACCCUUGUGUGCUGUGUGGCCUUUUAUAUUCUCGGCUUCCCAAUGAUAAAUGAGAGUGGCAUGUACAUGCUUCAGCUGGUUGAUACCUAUGCAGCCUCCUAUUCUCUCGUCAUUAUAGCCAUCUUUGAGCUAAUUGGAGUUUCGUACAUUUACGGUUUACAACGAUUCUGUGAGGACAUAGAAAUGAUGAUUGGUUUCCAGCCGAACAGGUUCUGGAGGAUUUGUUGGGCUUUUGUAACACCUACUAUUCUGACAUUUAUUUUGGGACUGAGUUUGUACCAGUGGAAAGUGAUGACCUAUGAAGACUAUACCUACCCCACUUGGUCUAUGGUGCUUGGCUGGCUCAUGGUCAUCUGUUCUGUUAUCUGGAUCCCCAUCAUGUUUGUUAUCAAGAUGCAUCUUGCUCCAGGAACCAUGAUUGAGCGAUUAAAGCUUGUAUGCUCUCCUCAACCUGACUGGGGUCCUUUCUUGAUGAAGCAUCGUGGUGAGCGCUAUAAAAACAUGAUUGACCCACUUGGAACAAAUUCAUUGGGGCUCAAACUUCCUCCUAAAGACUUCCAGCUCUCUGGCCCUUGACCUCUAAUCGAUAUCCAUUGCCCUCUGUCCUUUUGACUUAAUUUGUCUACCCUCAAUUUCUAUUAAUUCCUUAAUACCCACUAACCGACAGACUUGGCUCAAACUCACAGCCACUUGCCGUUGCUUCUUCAACUACAAUUUUCUAGCUUUAAGUUUUUCUUAUUCCUUCCUCCUGGCAGAAAAACCUCUUAAAACCUUUUCCUUCUUUUUCAUUGUUUUCACUGUUCCAUUUCCUCAUAAAAUCUGAACUUCUUUCCUUUCUUCUUGGCUGCAAAGCUGCUAUCAUUUCAGUGGUGGAUAUCUUGCACACACAUGCUUUCACCCUUUCAUACACAAUCAUUUUCUGAAAAUCCACAGAUAACAUAAGGAAUAUGAAAUUCGAUUUAUAUUUGCAGGCUAAACCCUGUUCUUUACAUUCUCUUUAAAUCUGUAACUUUGUGCCUCUGACCUCUUCUGAAUAUAACAAUAAUAGUUUUAAAUUUGUGCAGUUACUUCUGUUUGUUUCUGUACAAUUCAGAAUAGAUAAAAAGCUAGGACAGCAUUAUGCUAGCAGCUAAAUACUAUAUUCUUGCAUUACAAGAAGCACAAAGCUAGUUAUUGAUUUAUUUUAAUUAUAUAUUUUCUCACAACAGUAUGAACAUUUAUCUCUCAAUUAAAAAAACUAAAAAUUGCAGCCAUAAUAGUUAGAACACUACUCAGUGGCCAGGUAGCAUUUAUGUGUGAAAACAUAUAUAUUUAACGCUACAUGUUUGUGAUCUUUACUUGGACUUGCUGUGUCUUUUAUGCAAGAAGGAGAAUAUUUAUGAUAUAAAUCUAUAUACAUGUAUAAAAUCUACACUGACAGUGUGGCAUGUGUGCUAUCCUGUGUAUUGUUAGCUGUGCAGCUGAUAAAUAUAAUAUUUAUCUAUUUUAGAAAGUUGUAGUUAUAGUUAAGCUGUAUGUUAAGUGUCAUCACCUUUCAUCAGUGUCAGUAGAUUACAAAUGUAGUUAUUAGUCUCUGAGUGAAAACCUUCAGAGAUAUUUCUCCUACUGUUUUACAUAUGUUUUUGAAGUCUUGCCAUGAAACAGGGUCUCAGGUAUAAUUAUCAUUGGCCUUAUUUUUUUCUGAAGAAGUGGAUAAUUUAUCCUUUUUAUUUGCAAAAACUUAUUGAAUUACUUUUGGAUUUUCAAAUGCUUCUAAAGAAAAGUGACCCUAUAUAUCUCUACAAUCAAAAUUCUAUUGAGAUAAUAAUGUGCUUUUCCUCACUAAAUAAUGGA